AUGUGCAAUACAGAGGAGCAUAACAUUGAGACUGCUAAUGCGGAGGACUCUGAGGAGCGGAGGGAGAGUCGGGCCCAGUUCCAGGAACUGUUUGAGCAGUUUGGCAGGAACAACCCGCAGUUCAACCCUGAGCUGAUUGAGCUGUUCCAAAACAUGCUCUCGCCGCUGCUACAAUCCCAGUGGCACCCAGAGGACAGGGAGAAGGGCUGCUCGCAGGAAUUCAUCGAUUCUUUGCCCCGCGUCCCGAGAAAUAAGGUGCCCCUGACAGACACCUGCUCGAUCUGCUUCGAGCGGUUCGGCAACGACAACUACCCGCUGCUCGCGCAGCUGCCCCACUGCGGCCACAUCUUCGACCUGCAGUGCAUCUCCAUGUGGCUUUCGAACCAGGUGACGUGCCCGAUGUGCAGGGACGUCGUGAACGGUCACAAAGUACAGGAUUUGGACACCUCCAAGGCAGAGCUCGAGGAGGAUUGGGGCAUGUACGGGUGA